AUGAGUACUGAAAAUAAGUUGAAAAGCAUUAUAGAGGAGUUGUUUUCAGUUGCUAAUAAUCACAACACUCCAGGCUCUUCACGUUAUACAACUCUUAUUGAUAUUCUUCCAGAAACAGUGAUACCAUACCAAGGAAAUAAGCAUAACAGUUUAAGUAUCCUGUUAGCCUGCCAACAGGAAAUUUCCUCGACAGCAGGAGGUUGUUUAGGCUGUGGACUUAUGCUUGGGGAAAAUCGGGAAAAAUAUGUCAAUGAUUUACCAGAAUUAUAUUCCGGAUUGGAUAAAGAGACCAUUUCUGAAUUAACCUGGAAGGAUCCUUUGGCUAAUCAAGUUAUUAGCGAUGAUUCGACAUUUGGUGAUACAGUUGCCUAA